AUGGAUAAGCCGACCGGGCACAAAGGCUUGCGGUCCAGAUUCCACACGAGUUUUUCCAAGAAGACAAAACACGCGAGUAGUUCUCACUAUGGGCCCGAUGAAGAAGAAGAAGAAAUGGUUACGAAGUCGACGAGAAAAGCCCAAACACUGUUUGGGCUUUUCGAGAGGAGGCCGAAGAAGAAUAAGGCGAAAGCAAAGCCCGAUUUUUCGAGGUAUACGGAGAGCAUAAAGGAAGUAGGGACUAUGGACAUGAGGGCUAAAAUGCCGGUUGUGUUUGGUGAUCAAGUUUGUUUUUAUUAG